AUGAACCGCGGAUGCGUUGGACCGCACGCUGCCCUGGAGAAUUCGAGAGACUCCGUGCCUCCCUUCCUACGUCAGUGGCUGGUCUCCCCCGCCUGUGUCUUCAUCUAUAAGUCCGCAAAGUCCAGGGGCGCAGGGACGGUGCGAAUCGCGGACACCUGGAGCCGUCCCCGGGCACAUAGUAGGUGCUCGAGAGAAUUGAUCCCGGGGACGGAAGCCCCGGCACGGCGGCUGUGCCCCUCCGCGGCCGGCCGCCAGGUGUCGCCACAGACCGGGAGGCGGCGCGGCGGCGCGGCGGGCGGGCCUCACCUGGCGGCGGCCCCACCUGGCGGCGGCCGCUCCCGCCCGCCCCGCACCCCGCGGAAGCCGGGAGCUCAGGCCCUGGCGUCACCCGGCCCGUCGGGAAAGCGGCGCCCGGAGCCGCGGGGAGGGGAGAUGAAAGGCGGGAGGCGGGUGCGGGCCCCGGCAGCGCCAGAUGAGGAAACUGAGGCCCAGAGGGAUAGAUAACUCGCCAAGGCCCCAGGCUCAUUGUGGAAAAGCCAGGAGGUGAACUGAAACCUUUCUGGAAGCAUUUUUAUCACCUCCCAUGACGUCGUGCUGGGACAAACCGGUUCCCGGGAAAACACAAAAGAGACACACAAGAGAACACAAGCGCCUUUGAUGUCUAUGUUGGGUCCCGUGAUGCCCGCACCCCCCUCGCGGCCGAUUUCCAGCCGCCAGCGGUUUGCCCACCGACUCGCAAAACUCCUCUUUAACUCUCAGCCCCUAGCACACUGCUACAUCCCCUUUCAGAGCGGAGGGCAGGCCAGUCGUGCAGGGGGACCCUGGGCGGCUUCCCGAGCGGGUCUUUGGGGAGUGCUAUGUCCCGUGGUGCCCCUCUGAGACUUGAGGAGCCCCAUCUGUGAAAUGGGCCCACCGUCCCUUGCCUCUCUCGUCUGCCUCUCGGGGCUUUGCAGCUGCAGGUUCCAGCGGGUACGUUUAUUCCCGAAUUUGGAUCACUGUGGGGGAAUUAGGCUGGGCUGGGUGGGGCUGUCGCUCCUUCCCCUCCACCCUCAAAAGCUUUCACGGUGAUUAGUUUACCUCCUGAAGGGAUCUUGUUCCGACCUCACCAGGAGGGCUUCCAAAUCUCCUACCUGAGAUAAGCAGGCUGCCUCUUGUUUAAUCUCUCAGCUUAGAGGCCACCCGAUUUAAUAUUUAAGAGAUGGUUUCCAGGCUCAGGGCGGGGUGGGCAGAGAGCUAGAUGGCCUGGCCUAGUUCGAAUGUGUACGUGUAUCGGGAAAAGGCCCUUUCGGCUCACCAGGCCCGUGGCGCCCGGCCUCCCGAGUCAUUUCUGUAGGGUGGGUUUCACCUGUACACGGACCAGGCACCUGACAAGGGGUCUGUAAAGUCCAAGGGUGGGCCGGUGCCUGUCCCCACUCCCAGACCUAGAUGCGAGUAGCACUUGAGGCCCGUGUCCCUUGGCUCCCUCCUCUUUCCCUCAGUUGGCUUUCUCCUCUCAGGACCCCUUGGGAAUAAAAAUUCGAGAAGGGAGCAAACACCUGAGCGAACAGCCGGUAUGUGAGCGCAUUUCCGGGUGAGUGAGGCUGGCUCUCGGCCUCAGGCAGGUCUGAGUUUUGUCUUUAUUUCUCGCAUGCUGUGUGUUCCUCGGUAAGUCACUUAACUGCCCUGAGCUUCAGUUUCCUCCCUGCAGUGGGUGAUGGGGUGUCCGCUUUUGGCUGUUUUUGAGACUUUAAUAGGCCCUUAGAAGUGCCCGAUAGUAGCUUAGUUCAGUUUUGUUUUCUAAUACAUUCAUUCAAGAUAUAAGUAUUCAUCCAGACACCUGCUGGCUAGACCUCAGACCUGUCGCCAGGCCCCCCAGCGGGAGGGCGGGAGAAAUAGCCAGAGAUCUACAGCCUUGGGUCUUGAAUUAUCUGGGUCUUGCCCCGAAUCGCCAAGACUUCUGAAAGAUCAGCGAAGGUGUUCGCACCAGCGUUCCCCACGUUCACGGGCGAAGGUGGUUUUGCGGACAGUGAUAUGAUGAAAGCAAUCGGCUGGAAUAAAUUGGAGGAGGUUUUGCUUCAAGCUAUUACCGCCUAAGAGCCCCUCCCCCGCGCCCCCCCCCCCAUAACAACCUUUUAUCAAGAAGACAAUUGCAUGCGAUGUAACAUGGCAAAAGAAAAGUUUGGGUUUUUUUGCAUUUACCCAAAACUGUGGCUGUGUGUUCUGUUUCUGUACGCAGAGAAGAGUGCCACCUCUUUUCUCUGGGGAAAGAUGGCCCUUUAUUCUGUGACCGUGUCCUUUUUAGUUUUCCUUUGGUGAUCAGCAAAUACCCUUUCCCUCAUGGAGCGAAAGUGGUGAUGGUUUUAAGCUUUUGAAAAUUAGCUUUGAAUAGGCGUUGCCUAUACACGGUGCAAAGCUAAAAGGUAGACUGUUCAAAGCAAACCGCCCUCCUUCCCUCCCUGCCUCUCAGUCAUGGGUACCUCCACUUGUAUGUAAAUCGUUCCUGUGAUCUUGUCUAGCUCACGCGUGCUCCUGGGAAGAGGGCGGUGCCGUCCCCCGGCAUCGGUCCUUUGGGGAGACGUUGGGGAAAGAGAUUAAAAAAGAUCUUAGAUGCUAUUUGAAUUUUAUAAUCGUAUGCGUAGUGCCGCCUGGUGUUAUAUUUGAUUUGGGUGGGACCGUCUCAUUGGUCAGGCCCACUCACCAUCACAUGGUUGCUGUGGGGAAGCAGGCUCUAGCUUAUGAUGACACCCUUGCUUCUGUCUUUAAUGUCAUCUUUGAGGUCCUUACCCCAAGCUGUUUUCUGCUGGUGCAAACAGCCAAGGAAAGUUCCUCUUUUGUUGCUUUAGGGCAUGUUUGUGAGUAGGCUGGUUCCUGCCUGCUGGGUGCUCUGUGGCCGUGGAAGCACCUGGAUCUCAAGACCGGAUCCAUAAAUGCAUAUUUGCUGAUAAUAAUGCUCAUUAGAGAAGGCAGGUGCAUGGUGGGAGGCUUGCUGCAGGCAUGCAGACAUCACUAAUUGAUCACUAGCAGACAUCACUAAUCGAUCACUACACACUCCUGUGAGAUCAGACAGGGGCUCAGAAUCCCGCUCAACACAGCGCUCUAGGGAGGGGCAAGGGAGGUGGAUGGGAGACGGCACCAGAUGGCCUUGUUGUCACACCUUAGUC